AUGGCGCACAUCACCGUCAUGCCAGCUUUCAUCACCGUGCUGCCGGCACUGGAAUCACCGCCCAUACAACAUCUUUACCUAUUGGAACAUCAACGCCUGGUCAAUAAAAAAAGAUUAGAGAACCCCAGUUUCAACAAAUACGAGUUUCGCCAGCAAUCUGCGUCGUUCAAGGCCCAAACGUUCAGCAAGCCCCCUUCCAUCUUUGACUUGGCUGAUUUCAUUGCAAGGAAUAAUUCAAGGGCAGCAAGAGCGCUUACUGACUCCGCCGUUGCAAAGGCUGUCAAGGACAAAGAAUUUACCUACUAUAUCCCACCGGAUCUCGUUAGUGCUGCACGGAUCAUAGCUGAAGCGAGUCCCCUCGAGCGCCAACUAGGGAAUCAUAGUCUAAUUGCAGCUCAAAUACAAGCAAAGUAUAGGCUUAAAGGAAACGACACAAACACCCCUCCGCAGACCUAUGUCCAACCCAAUGGAUUAGAGGGCUAUCUUAUCUCCCCACUUGAUGCACAAGAAGACCUAGUUCCCAAAGCUAAUACAACGUCCUCGUUUGGGAAACGGGCUGCUAAACAACACUGGAUGGCAACAAUAACACAGCGAGGUGCAAGCCCGUUUGCGCCAUCUGGGUAUAAGGUAAGCAAAAUAUUCACUAAAUUCACCUCUAUUAUCGAGCUGGUCUGGAGAAAUGUUAAAGAUUACGGAGCAAAAGGUGAUGGCGUCACCGACGAUACCGCGGCGAUAAAUAGGGCAAUAUCUGAAGGAAAUAGGUGUGGUGAAAACUGCGGCUCAAGUACGAUAUAUCCUGCUGUGGUAUACUUCCCCCCUGGGACCUACUUGGUUAGCUCUCCGAUUAUCCAGUACUAUAACACUCAGUUUCUUGGUGAACCGCAUGACUAUCCCACCAUUUUGGCAGCUUCCAGCUUUGUUGGACUAGGGGUCUUUUCCUCCAACGUUUAUAUUGAAGGUGGUAAUGGAAAUUCCUGGUAUCUUAAUACAAAUAACUUUCUUAGAAGUAUAAAGAACUUCAAAAUGGAUAUCAGACGAACUGAUCCAGGCGCAUAUGUUUGUGCAAUCCACUGGCAGGUUGCUCAGGGGACAUCAUUAGAAAAUAUUGAAUUCUAUAUGGUGCAGGAUAGUACUAUAACACAACAGGGAAUCUACAUGGAGAAUGGAAGUGGCGGCUUUCUUUCUAACCUCACAUUCGUGGGUGGAAAUCUUGGAGCUUAUUUCGGGAAUCAGCAAUUUACAACAUCACACUUGAUUUUCGUCAAUUGCAAGACAGCAUUGCAAGUUCACUGGGACUGGGCAUGGACAAUGCAGGAUAUCAUAAUUGAAUCGUGCAAGACGGGCCUAGUAGUUGUUGGCGGGGCCGGUGGCCCUGGAAGUACUGGACAGGCUGUGGGCUCCCUGCUCCUCGUUGACUCGAUAAUUGCCAAUACACCCGUUGGAAUCAGCACUUCUUUAUCUGGCAGGAAUUCGACUGCGCUUCUCGUUCAAAAUACCGGCUUCUUUAACGUACCUAAGGCCAUUACAGAAAAUGUGAGCGGUGAUACUUUAUUGCCUGGCGGCAAUGAAGUAUUAGUUGACUCUUGGGGAUUUGGGUUAUACGUUAACUCUACUGAACCUGGAAAAUUUGUUAGUGGGCAAAAUAUCCCAACCAUGAAUCGUUCAGUAUCGCUCCUAGGACCUUCUGGCCAUUAUAAAGAAAAUUUUUAUACCCGCCGGCGCCCGCAGUAUCUAGAUCUCGGUCAAAGCCAAAUUCUUGAUGUUAAGGCUCUUGGAGCAAAGGGGGAUGGAAAUACAGACGACACUGCAAUUCUGAACAGUAUUCUAUCUCGGGCAGGUAACAUGUCUUCUAUUGUUUACUUCCCACAUGGUAUCUAUCUUAUCAAAAACACAUUGCAUAUCCCGGUUGGUUCGAGGAUCAUCGGUCAGGUAUGGUCUCAGAUAAUGGCCACCGGACCUCAAUUUUCAAAUGAGACAAGCCCAAAAGUUGCAAUAGAAGUGGGGAAGGCAGGGGAUAAAGGUAUUAUUGAGAUUCAGGAUAUGAUGUUUACCGUAUCCGGCCCAACUGCUGGGGUGGUAUUGAUGGAGUGGAACGUGCAGGAAAUUUCUCAGGGUUCUGCAGCUAUGUGGGAUUCCCACUUCCGAGUUGGUGGAGCCGUUGGUUCUAACCUUCAGAAAAAAGAAUGCCCUAAGUUGACGGGUAAAGUCAACGAUUCUUGCAAAGCGGCCUCUCUACUUUUGCAUCUUACCUCUCAAUCAUCUGCAUACCUCGAAAAUUUAUGGGCCUGGGUCGCCGAUCACGACCUAGAUAUGGUUUCUCAAGACCAAAUUGAUAUUUAUUCGGCCCGAGGCGUACUAAUCGAGAGCAAAGGGCCUACCUGGUUAUAUGCAACAGCUUCUGAACACAGCGUACUUUAUCAGUACCAGAUUUCAAAUGCUAAAAAUUUGCUCCUAAGCAUGAUUCAAACUGAGUCGCCAUAUUUCCAACCAGUUCCAAAAGCGCCAAGCCCCUUUACCACGGGCCUUUUCCCCAACGAUCCUUUAUUCAAAGACUGCGAGGCCAGUUCUAAGACCUGUGCCUCUUCGUGGGCAUUACGUGUGAUUGAUAGUGCCUCGGUGUAUUUUCUGGGUGCUGGGCUAUACAGCUGGUUCUCGGAUUACAAGCAAGAUUGUGUGGAGAAAGAGAACUGCCAGGAUCGUGGUGUUGAAAUUGAGGAGAGUGUUGAUAUUUGGUUUUUCAACCUCGUGACUAAAUCUAUCAUCGAGAUGGUUACUCCAACGGGGAUUAGGCCUACCUAUGCAGCGGAAAAUAAAAACGGGUAUACGUCAUCCCUAUUGGCAUGGGUGAGGGAUAAGAACACUACCAUUGGAGUUAUUGAUCGCUUUUCCACCGUCUCUACUGUUCAUGAGAUGCCAAUGAAUGAGCUAUGCUCAUACUGUCAUAUCAAAAGAAAUGAGAUUAUGCAGUCCAGCUCCUACUCUGUUUAUAAUGAGUAUUACCAGGAGGUGAUUCAGGUCAUUAACCAGAAAUGUGGCCUAUCCCUUCCUACCGAUUUUCCUCCCUCCCCGGUUCUCAAGUCACCGCCGCCACCGCCGAUUUGCGUAUCAGAGAACAAAUAUACGACCCAACAUGGGGAUACGUGCGAUUCCAUUGCCUUGGCAAAAAGUAUUUCAUCUGCUGGUUUGGUUGCCGGGAAUUCUGAACUCAUUCAUAAUUGCGCCAAAGAAUUACCAGUUGGCGUAGAGCUAUGCCUUCCCCUCACCUGCGAGAAGACCUACGAAUUACAACCCUCCGAUAGUUGCUCGUCAAUCGAGUACUCCAAGUUGAUAAGAGUGGGCGGGCUCCGAGCUUACAAUAACUGGAUCAACAUGGACUGCACAAACCUUCACCCUGCUAGCGAGGUACUGGGUAAAAUUCUCUGUCUUGCCCCUCAAGCAGGAACAUAUACCCCGACUGGUGUAAUUCCAGCAGCCACUCCCACGCCAGGAUCGGGAUAUGCGACAAUGGUUAUUGCUCCCCCACAGAAUGCGACAAUUGCCGCUGGUACCACAUUUGGGUGUGGAAAGUGGUAUACGGCUGCUCAAGAAGACACGUGUGCCACCAUAUGCAUUAGUCAACUCAUUCCUGCACAUUUGUUCUGGGAUGUUAACCCGUCUUUGUCGACUCUGGCCUUCAACUACAACUACAUCCCCAACGACAUCCCCAACUACAUCCCCAACUACAUCCUCAACGAAACCCUCGAUGCCAUCUUCGAUGACGCAUCCUACGCAAUAAACACUGACAACAUUUUAUAA